AUGGAAUACUCUACCGCUCCCCCCAUCGCCCGACAGUCCCGCCACCAGCACCACAGCCGACGCAAGGAGGGCCAGCCUCUGCAUUCGUCCUCCACCGCUCACCGGCACGACCGCGGCCUUUCUUCCUCCCACGGCUCCCAGAUCGCUCCCGCAUCUCCAGAGGUCAUCUCGUCCCUCAUCACCAGCCUCUCCAUCAUCUCCAAGCCCGCGAGCUCCCACUUCGACAGCCCCCUCGGCAGCGCCGUCGGCUUUCCUGACCCUACCUCGCCCGCCGCCGAUAUCGAGGGCUCUUUUGGCGUCGACUACGGCGCCUACGCACCCCUCAUCCGCGAGACCUACAAGACCGAGGAAAUUAGCCUCGACGACCUCGCCGCCAGCCCCCCAGUCAUCCGCACCGCCAAACCACCCAGCGGCUUCUCGCCCCUCACUGCGCCCAAGUCGCCCGGACGAGAGUCCUCGGGAGAGGGACGCCUCAAGUCUCUACUGAGCGCCGGCCGGAGCAGCAUCUCUCGGCCCUCCUCCAAGGGAUCAUCGCUGGCCUCGCGCGAUGCAGACACCCAGAGCAUUGGCAAUCUGUCUAUCGAGCGCGGCACCACGUCGCCCAUCCCCGAACUGAAGGAGCGCAGAUCGCAUGACAGCUGGGGAAAGAAAACGAGCCGCUCCCACAAGGGAUUGAUGUACAUGAGCAGCAAGGAGCGCUUGCGGGAAAAGGAAGCUGAAAAACGACGAGCCAGCAUAGGAGCAGUCGGUGGCGACCGACUCGCUGUGAAGCGCGCUCUCUCACCGAGACCCGACCCCUUUUUGGCCGAGACGGCCAUCAGCGAGGAACCACACACGGAUCACAGUACACAUACCAAGGACGCAGAACACAAAAUGACAGAAAACGGGGUCACGAGCCCUCGGCCGAUCCCGACCAGGGAUUCCAGCUUACGGAAGACGAGCUCGAACGCCAAGCGUUCGUCCAAGAGGUCUUCAAAGCGACAUAGCGACUCACCUGAUGUGAUAGUAGAAGGAAAAGUACACGAUAAUCAUAAUAGUAAUCACAGGAAUAGCCACCGCGACAGCAGUCGGCGCAGGGAGGACGAGAGGAGCGGGAGAGAUUCCAAGACACCCGACAACAGGCAUCGACCCCAUGAAGGCAAAUCGCUGCCUGUGCCGCCCGACAACCAUGCAGAUAUCGAGGAAGACGGUGCGCCCUUCCCCAACGUAUCGCAGAAUAGGCGGCGCGAGCACAGCAACGAUGGUCGGCGCAGGUCCGGGCGGCACACGCCCGAGCCAAUUGAGGGUCUGAAGCCGAAACGCUCCAGCUCGCGCCUGAAGCGUCUGUCGGCGCCGCUCAGCCCGCGCCCUGAUGACACGUCGGCGGACGAAUCGGCCAAGCGUAAGGAGGAGAGUGCCGUAGCCGCGGCGCACGUCUCGUACGAGCGGCCCCACAGCGCUGACAGCAUCGACGACGCGGUUGAGUCGUACUUGUGCUCGCCCAGGCUGUCACAGAAGAUCAAGCAUCCGCAGACAGGCCGCGUGAUUUCCUUCUCCGAGGUCGGCGACAGUGAAGGCUCGGCCGUGUUCUGCUGCGUGGGCAUGGGCCUGACGCGGUACAUCACGGCGUUCUACGACGAGCUGGCGCUGACCCUCAAGCUGCGACUCAUCACGCCCGACCGUCCUGGCAUCGGGGACAGUGAAUCCUAUGAGGACGGAACGGCGACGCCGCUGAGCUGGCCUGACGAUGUCUACGCCAUCUGCCAAGCCCUCAAGAUCACAAAGUUCUCGAUCCUCGCCCACUCGGCCGGCGCCAUCUACGCCCUCGCCACGGCCCUCCGCAUGCCACAGCACAUUCGUGGCCGCAUUCAUCUCCUCGCGCCCUGGAUUCCGCCGUCGCAGAUGUCUGUCUUUGGGGCCUCCGCUCAGACACCUCUACCUCCCACGAAUGCCAUUCCUACCUCGCAGCGCAUCCUGCGCGCCCUGCCUACACCACUACUGAAGGCAGCUAACUCGAGCUUUAUGACUGCCACUAGCAGCAGUAUUACCUCAUCCCUCCCCAAGACGACAAAACGGAAGCGCAAGUCGACAGCUAACCUCCGCGCCGACAAGGCCGCCGCCGCAGCAGCCGCACCACCGCUGCCGACGGACAACAAGGAGAAUCACAACCACCCAGACAGCAAGCACAACCCGCCCGUCGUGCCUCCCAAGGAGUCCAUCACCGAGGAGAUGGACCGCAUCCGGCCCCUCGGCGCCAGCCCCACGCCCACGGGCUCUAACCACCCCAUGGGCACCGACUCGAGCAGCAGCGCCGGCGUGCACCGCAAGACGAGCUCGACGGCCUCGGCCGCGCACGCCGCCCGCGAGGCGGCGGUGCUGGCGGCGGCGGCGUCGGCGCUGGCCGACAAGGAGCGGCAGGAGAACUACGACACGCGCCUGACGCACGCCAUCUGGGAGCUCGCGACGACGGGCGCCAACCCGGCCGUGGACCUGCUCGUCUGCCUCGAGCGGCGGCACACGAUCGGCUUCCGCUACGUCGACAUCACGCGGCCCGUCGUGAUCCACCACGGCAGCCGGGACACGCGCGUGCCCGUCGAGAACGUGCGGUGGCUGGGCAAGACGAUGCGGCGGUGCGAGGUGCGGGUGCUCGAGGGCGAGGGCCACGGGCUCAUGGCCAGCGCGGCGGUCAUGGGGUCCGUGCUCAUGGAGAUCUCCAAGGAGUGGGAGGACUGGGGCCGGCUGACGGGCGUGAGCGGGCGGAAGGGGGACAGGAGAGCUGGUGGCGGUGGUGAUGAUCAUAGGGAUAGGGAUGGAGACGGUCAUGACGCCGUAGGGAAAGCUGAUUACGAACGGCCUGAGUGA